GAAAACAUGGGAUUUUGUCUCGAUGCCGCAAUUUUCACGUCUCCAUCUUCGAUCGCGCACUUGCUUCGGCGCUGUGGCAGAGCGGACGACGAGUCGCGAGUGGCUGCCGUUAUCACACUAGAGACGAACGUCAUUGCACAGGCCGCUCUUUUUUCGCAUACCGUUUCGAAUCGGGAUCGACAGUCCCACCGUCGAGCCACAAGCGUGCGUACAACUUCUUCAGAUCUGCGCUCGCGAGGCUGGCGCAGGCUGACAGCUCUUCUUCUCGAAGAACUAUGCUCCACGCACUGCCCGAGGAGGCUGCUGUCUCAAGCCGUCGACGAAGAGAGCUCUACAAGUACUUUAUUCCUCCCGGAAGCGUUUUUGGCACCACCCGAGAAUCCGUCCCUGAUAGUGUGCUCACGGCGCAUGCGCAACUAGUAGCAUGGCGACUCAAUUGUCAACGGGCUAUGGUUAGCCUCAUAGACAAGGAUGUGCAGUACUUUGUCGCCGAAGCUUCAAAGACUGUACAUUUGGAUGACAGCUCACUUUACGAUGACCCGUCAGACGCUAUAUGGGCUGGCUGUAUUUCAGUACCGAAAGCUGGGCGACUCUGCGAACACACAAUUGCUCAGCUUCCAGGAGAGGACGGCGACCCGCCGUAUUUCGAGGUGUUGGAUCUCACGCAGGAUGAUCGCUUCAAGGACCUGGCGUUCGUAACAGCGGCGCCAUUUUUCAAAUACUACUGCGGCGUGCCUCUGAGGACGAAGCACGGCGUUCCAGUUGGCUCACUCUUUGCACUGGACGAUAAAGUCCGAAGACCCAUUAAUCGAACCGAAAAACUCUUCCUGGCCACCAUGGCUGAGAAUGUGAUGACGCAUUACGAAAACUUGAAAGAGAAGGAAGACCGCAAGCGUGUUCUGAACAUGAACAUGUGCCUCGCCGCAUUCGUCGAUCCCGAAAAUGAGAUAAGAAGGAGGAGAGCUCGGCGCGAUUCGCAAGCAGAUAAUGUGAAGAGCCAUCGCUCCUCGGUCAGCGCUGGCUCAAUUCGGAGCCAGCAAGAGCAGUCAGGAAAAUCACAUCGUCGCAGUCGGCAGUCAUCCCGACAUGAUUCAGAUUCGAAUAGUGAAGAAAGUGCGAGCACAUUGACUAAACGUGUUGAAGACGACGAUAACAUUGAGACCUUCAAGAGGGCUGCUAACCUACUACAUCAAGCUCUUGGGCUCGAGUUCGGCGGCGGCGUUGUAUUCAUGGACACAGCAACUUCUUAUCGCGCAAAUCAUAAGCAAAGGAAGACCUCCGAUCAAUUAAGCGUUGGAGAGUCAGAGCACGAGACCACUCCGUUCAAGAGACAAGGCUCAUUAAGCAAUUCUAAUCUUCAGUCGUCGAGCUCUUGGGGCCCGUCUCGAGUGGCUGAUCCGCCACAGAUAGCAACGAUCACAACUCGAGUAGCCGACGUCCUGGCCUCCAAGAUAUCUCCAGCUAUCUCCGAUAACCAGAGCAAGCCUCAGGCGGAAUUCACGCCUUUGAUCCACGAUGAUCUCGCAAAGCUCAUCAAAAGGCACCCAAGAGGAAAGUUUUAUAACCUUGACCCCGAGGAUGGAUUUAAUUCAACCUCGUCGAGCGACGAAGGGAUCUAUGACAUUCCCAAGUCGAAGUCGGCGCCCUCGAAACACGAGGGGCAGCUGCUUGCGAAGCACUUUCCAGGCGCCCGGCAAAUAAUAUUUUUGCCGCUAUGGGACGCAACUGCUUCCCGCUUCUCCACGCUUUUUGCGUAUAACACUUCGGAUUUCCGGUGCUUGUCCAGCAACCCUGAUUUCCUAUACUGCAUCGCGUUCUCUAGCUGCGUAAUGACCGAAAUUACACGGAUCGCAACUCUUGCAGCGGACCAGCAGAAGUCUGACUUCAUAGGUUCUGUCUCGCAUGAGUUAAGAUCUCCCCUUCAUGGAAUCCUUGCAUCCUGUGAAUUUCUCACAGACACAGAUACAUCCACUUUUCAACAGUCAUUGAUCGAUACAGCGGAUAGCUGUGCGAGGACGUUGCUGGAUACUAUCAACAUGGUCUUGGAUUACUCGAAGAUCAACGCGUUCGAGCGAAAUGCGAGAAAAAUUCGCAGGAAAGGCGGCAACUUGACAAACAAUAUCGCAGGAAAUGCUCAAGCCCAACUGAACAUCUUCGGUAACGUGGAUCUGGCUAACAUAACGGAAGAAGUUGUCGAGGGCGUAGCGACCGGCCAGGUAUUUAAGGAUAGUUUGACUGGUGUUGAUGCCGUCGAUUUUGGAGAUCCGACCCGACAGGUCCUUAGCGGACGCAAGGAAGUCGAGAUUAUACUUGAUAUCUCUCCACGUGCGUCACCUAAAGACUGGGUCUUCGUUACCCAGCCUGGUGCGUUCAGGAGGAUUAUCAUGAACAUAUUUGGCAACGCGCUGAAGUACACGCGCUCAGGCUACAUUAGAAUCAAGCUUGACGCACAGCCAGAGCGCCAGCCAUCCUCAGCAAGCAACCCAGAGGAGAUACAAACCACGCUCGUAAAGCUCACCAUCUCAGACACAGGCCAAGGCAUGUCUCCGCAGUUCAUGAGGACAAAACUUUACACCCCUUUUGCUCAGGAGAAUUCGAUCGCACCUGGUACCGGACUUGGUUUGUCCCUCGUCAAGUCCAUGGUGACGAUGUUGAAUGGCGAAAUAAAUAUUGAAUCAGCAAUCGGAGUUGGUACGGAGGUAACGGUCACGUUCCCAAUGACUCUUAGCACGCCUACGAGCAGCUCGGAUUCGAAUUCCGGCUCCACACCUACUUCUGCUGGCAGCAUUGAAAGGGUUAAGGACGAGAGUUUGCUUAUUGUGCAGAAGAAAGCGAUAGGUAGGAGAGCGACGUUGUUCCCCGACACUCUGAGUGGCCAAGCAACAGAUGCCGCUCGCAUGAUUAGGCACGCUAUUCAUCGCUAUCUCACCGGCUGGUACGGCUUUGAGGUGAUCUCGCCAUUUUCCGUCGACAACUUGCCGGACAUCAUCAUAACUGACGAAAGCGACCUUGGCGAGCUGGUCAAGAUCCUUCCCGGUGGCAUUGACGCGGCCGAAGGACCGAUGAUCAUCGUCCUCUGCACCGCUGCUUCACGGAAAGAGGACAAGAGCUUGCUAACGAAAUCACACCGUGUUGAAGCUGUUUCGCAUCCGUUCGGUCCAUUCAAACUCGCCAGGAGCAUCAAGUGGUGUCUUGAACGGUUAGACAGGUCGUUGGUUGCGGAGACGGAUGCAGAAUCCGAAGCGACUGCAGCAGACCAUGCCGCAGUUGAGGAAAUUAGCACCGGCGUUGAUCAUCUGACCAUUCAUAGCACAGAUCCCGACGAACCAGACGUUAACAUUAUCAAAGCCGGAUCUGUGGCGGCAAAGGAGGAUAGUGUCCAUGCGCAAUUGGUCGUUGAAAGUUCUGCUGAGUCGUCCUCAAGCGCUGGACUUGCACCCGAACGGACCGAAUUCCCCUUCCCCCGUGAACAACCAAACGAUGGAACAAUAUCGCCAUCCACGCUUGAGGCUGCGGAGAAAGAUCGGCCGCCAUUGUCUUCGCGAAAAACGAUAUCCCCAACAAGGCCCGAGAUUGUUUCGCAGCAUGCUGAGGUUGCCACACCAAUGUCCAGUAAGGGCGUCAUGACAACGUCUGUGUCUUCUGAUCAAGCCAAAUCGAGCAAAGCUCCUCGAUUGCUUCUUGUUGAUGACAACAAAGUGAACCUUCGUCUCCUUCAAACAUUCAUGAAGAAACGCAAUUACACGGACGUCUUCUCUGCAGAGGACGGCGCACAAGCUGUCGCCAUUUAUCGCGAUCUGAUUACGCAACAGCCGCCCCAUCCUCCAGAUAUCAUCUUUAUGGAUAUUUCAAUGCCCGUGAUGAAUGGAUUCCAAGCGACGCGUGAAAUUAGAGAAAUCGAAGAGGACUUUAGGGAGCAAUUUCCUAGUCCGAUGGAAACACCGCAGAGCAGCUUGAUCAUUGCGUUGACAGGUCUUGCCAGUGGCAGAGACCAGAGCGAAGCGUUCACCUCAGGUUUUGAUCUGUUUCUUACAAAGCCUACCAGUUUUCGGGAAGUUGGUAGAUUGCUUGACAACUGGGAAAAGAAUGGCGGUGCGGCAACUGUGGGUGUUCCGCAUGGCGCUCUGACCGGGGAGUCCGUUCAUGUAGAUCCAUGAGGUUGUUCUACGGUGUAAUUCAGAUGUAUAUGUGACACUCGGAUUCGGAAAGAUACACUUCAGGUGUCUACGGGCUGGAGAAAUGCCCUUUUUGUGAUUUGACUGAGAUCUUUAAGGACCACAAUUCGUACUUAGUCGAUAGAGCUCAAGGAUUACGGAUGGUAACGACCCUUGACUCCCUUAGAUGGCAUGAUGUAUGUUACGAUUGAAAAGUGGCGGAUAUUAGUGAUCAAUGGCCUUUAUCAAUGAGGAAAGCAUCUCAGAUUUUCG